GUAUGUGGCAUACUCAUUAUCGUUUUGGGUGCCUUUAUGAUCAACAAUAUUGGCGAUUUUUCAUCAAUUGAAGAUGCUAUAGAUGUGGACACAUUGCCCAUCAUCAUUAUUAUCCUGGGUUGCAUAAUAUUUGUGAUAUCCUUCUUCGGCUGCUGUGGAGCGAUACGUGAAAAUUCGUGUUGCAUGACAACGUAUGCCUUAUUUAUGUUCAUUUUAUUCUGCCUGCAAGUUGCUUUGGUUGUAUGGGUAUUUGUUCAACGAUCGGAAUUCUUGAAGACUAUGGGGGAUUUGGUCAACACCACUUGGGAUAAAAAUGAUAAUUCUGCCAAUGGUAUUCAUCCAAUGGAUGCCUUGCAAAUCAGCUUCAAGUGCUGUGGCAAAACAAGCUCGGCCGAUUAUACGUCAGCCGGUAAGGAUGUUCCCGUAUCGUGUUGUGGCUCUCUCGACGCCACCACGUGUCCUGCAAGUGUUUACCUAACAAAGCCGGGCUGUGCUGAUGCAUUCGUCGAUUUCUGGGCCACAAACACGAAUAUCAUUCGUUAUGCAGGUAUUGCGGUAGCCGCUAUUGAAUUGGCGGUAUUCACGAUUGCCUGUUGUCUGGCGAGUAGUAUGCGCAAUUCGCGAAGGCAUUGAAGGACUGAAUUAAUGCACGAGCAUUGCGGUUCGGAAAUACAUACAUAUAAUUCAAAAAUAUGCUGUAAUCUCGUUUGUUUAAUACAAAUAAUAAAUUGCGCAUUGUGGUUUAAUUUAUGUAGAAAGCAUUUUAUAAGUUAAGUAAAUAGAUAAUAUUUAUUGUUAAACAGUUGUGUUAUUAUUAUUGUUUCUAAUAUUAAACCGUGAAUUAAAAAUACUUCUUUUCUAUAA